AACAGAACUCCCACUGCUUGCCACGUGACGACCAGUUGGAUUUUAUAUUUUAUUUUAAUUCAAUUCAGCGUUCUUUUAUUGUAAAGCUGAGACCCUUGGUCUGCCUCAUAUAUAUAGCUGAAGACUUGUCACGAAAUUAAUCGAUCGGUACGUUUAUUGUCGCAGAUCGAAAUCCUCCCAUCUCAGCCAUCGAAGAGAGUUCGCAGCCAUGUUCGGCAUCACCAACCCAUUUGGGCAGUCUUCGAGUAGCCCAUUUGGUUCCUAGUCUGUCUCGGCAGCAGCCAAGCAGCUCUAGCACUAAUCCGUUUGGGUCAUCACCUAGCCAAUCAAGUCCAUUUGGUGGCACAUUUCAGCUAUCACAAUCACCAGCAUUUGGCAGCAAUCCUUUUGGUUCCUCCACACCAUUUGGUGCAUCAAGUCGACCAGCCUUUGGCUCUACAAGCACCCCUGCUUUUGGUGCCACAACCAAUCCCUCCUUUGGCUCUACAUCUUCUCUGGCCUUUGGUGCCACAACUACGCCAGCAUUUGGUUGGACAACCGCCCCAGCAUUUAGUUUGACACCCACGAGUACCCAGACUUUUUGUUCUAUAAGCACACCAGCCUUUGCUACUCCAAGUACCUUAGUGUUUGGUUCUUCGGGCAUGCCAACAUUUGGUGCAUCAAGUCAACCAGCCUUUGGCUCUACAAGCAGCCCUGCUUUUGGUGCCACAACCACUCCGGCCGUUGGUGCUACAUCUUCUUCGAGCUUUGGUGCCACAACUACGCCAGCAUUUGGUUCGACAACCGCCCCAGCAUUUAGUUCGACACCCACGAGUACCCAGGUUUUUGGUUCUACAAGCACACCAGCCUUUGACUCUACAAGCACCCCUGCUUUUGGUGCCAGAGCCACUCCGGCCGUUGGUGCUACAUCUUCUCCGGGCUUUGGUGCCACAACUACGCCAGCCUUUGGUUCGACAACCGCCCCAGCAUUUAGUUCGACACCCAUGAGUACCCAGGCUUUUGGUUCUAUAAGCACACCAGCCUUUGGCUCUACAAGCACCCCUACUUUUGGUGCUAGAGCCACUCCGGCCUCUGGUGCUAUAUUUUCUUCGGGCAUUGGUGCCACAUUUGGUUCCACAACUGCCCCAGCAUUUAGUUCAACACCCACGAGUACCCAAGCUUUUGGUUCUAUAAGCACCCUAGCCUUUGGCUCUAGAAGCACCCCUGCUUUUGGUGCCAGAGCCACUCCGGCCUCUGGUGCUACAUUUUCUUCGGGCAUUGGUGCCACAUUUGGUUCGACAACUGCCCCAGCAUUUAGUUCAACACCCAAGAGUACCCAGGCUUUUGGUUCUAUAAGAACACUAGCCUUUGGCCCUACAAGCACCCCUGCUUUUGGUGCCAGAGCCACUCCGGCCUCUGGUGCUACAUUUUCUUCGGGCAUUGGUGCCACAUUUGGUUCGACAACUGCCCCAGCAUUUAGUUCAACACCCACGAGUACCCAGGCUUUUGCUUCUAUAAGCACACUAGCCUUUGGCUCUACAAGCACCCCUGCCUUUGGUGCCAGAGUCACUCCGGCCUCUGGUGCUACAUUUUCUUCCUGCAUUGGUGCCACAUUUGGUUCGACAACUGCCCCAGCAUUUAGUUCAACACCCACGAGUACCCAGGCUUUUGGUUCUAUAAGCACACCAGCCUUUGGCUCUACAAGCACCCCUGCUUUUGGUGCCACAGCCACUCCGGCUUUUGGUGCUACAUCUUCUCCGAGCUUUGGUGCCACAACUAUGCCAGCAUUUGGUUCGACAACCGCCCCAGCAUUUAGUUCGACAACCGCCCCAUGCCCGGCCUUGACAAAGCAAGUAGUGGCAUGGGCUCACCUUAAGGGGGAUGUCGACACUAUUAAGAAAAUGUUUGAGGAGCAGCCUGUGCCAACUGACUAUGUUGAGGAGCUAUUACAAAACAUGAUAGCUGAAGAGAAUUUAUCAGGGUAUUGCUUCAAGGAUUUUCGGGACUCUGUGUCACAAAUUCUAAAUGAAAUAAAGUGGCAGCAGUCAAUGACUCUAGGCUCAGUAGUGGAAGAAUUGACUGCGGCCAAAAGCAAGGAACUCUCCAACAUACGACAGUCUGUCAACCGGCACAAGUCUUUGAUGCGAGACUAUGAGAAGGAACUGGUGACUGAGAUCAGUCGCAAAGCAAAGCUUGUCAAGAACAGAGGAGAAAUAAUGACCCGGAUGACCACCUUGGAGCAAGAACUUGAACAAGCUAAGACUGAAUUGGCUGAAAAUGAGGCACAAAUUCAGAAACAAGAUGAAGCAAUUAGUAAAGCAAUAGCAUCCAUGACUUCUAUUUCCUGGGAGCUUCAAAAAGCUAAAGAAGAAUCCAGACAAGUAGUGGAGUCACUUCGAGCUGGAGAAGAGGCAGAAUCAAAGAUGAAGCAGCUGGGGGGGCUGCAGUCUUCAAUAGCAGUGCUGCUUAAGUUUGAAAUGCCGCAAUGUCUCCCCAGGACUUCUUGAAUUUGCAUUUAUUCUGUGUAUUUUCUUUCUUCUUUUUUUUUGACGAAUCACGAACCUGAGUUAUUUUUCCUAUCAGUGAAACUUUGAUCUUCUUUACAACUCUGAUGGUUUGUUCAUAUUACUUUUCUAUCAUAUUACAUUCAAGGUUUCCAGUUCUGGUUUGUUUCUC